AUGUACACCUCUAAUCUAUAUUCUAGAAGUCUUCACGGACUAUGGAACUCGGAAAAAUCUUUAUGUGACCAAUCUGCCGAAAAUGCAAGUAUUCUGGCAAAUCAAUUAUUUGCUCCGCCUUUAUCAACAUACACUACAAAUUCACCUGGUCCUGAUCCAUUUUUAUUAGACUCAAAUGUGAGCACGCGCUCAAUCCUACGAGAUUCCGAGGAAGUAUUGUCCUUGCAAAGAAAAAGAGCUCAUCAAUUGGAGAAAAUUCGCAAGUUGGGAUAUUCGAAUAUUCGACCAAUUGGUGUAGGAAACACCAUGGAAGAAUUGGACUAUGCACAUUCACAACUUAGUCUAGCGGACGACACGGCCAAUCACAUUACAGCUGAGAAUACAGAGGAAGGAGAAAUGAGCACAUUACCUCUUGCUGGAUCAAGAGGUGGUAUUCGUGAUGGUACUGGUACCAAUACAUCGGCACUAUUGCAAGCAUCAGAGGAAAAUGAGAUUGAUCUCGAUGCACAAAUUCUCGAUGCUGAUGCUUUACAGAAUUCUGAAGAUGAUGAUGAUGAUGAUGACAACUUUGGUGAUCUGUUUGAUCGCGUAUCCGAGCCAGAAGAGAGGGAUCUCCGUAUAAGGAGUCAAAUACAUGCAGAUGAUGGGUUUAUGGCAGCUGAUGUGGAAUAUCAGGACGAUUAUAGUCUACCAAGAUCUGCAACUAAUACAAAUGUGUUGAUGAGCAGUGGAGUUACCGGAAUCUUCUCUGCUAGAACCAGUGGAACACAUGCGUCAAUAACAAGUCCAACUACAGCUACUUCGCUACGAACCGUGGGUGACCAUCAAUUUGACAAUGAGAACGAAUACUCAGAGCAUGAUAUGUUGGUGGAUUAA